AAGAAGUUGGCGAAGCGAGCAGGAUAUGAGAAAGAGAUUUUGGCAAUGGGUGGUACUGUAGAUGGCCAGAAUGCAAGCGAGAGAGGAGGUAUUGGUUCCGGUGCCGAACUUGGUGGCCAGUUCACUGUUUCUCAAUCUUCCCAGAGUCAGACUCAAAAGCAACAGGCUGACAACAAUAUGGAUAUAAAGUCAUUUUGGGGUAUAAUUUCAGGUGGAAAACUUCGACAUUGGUCCUUGAAUAUUGUAUGUUUUAGUAUGGGUAAAACUACAUUGCUGAAACAUAUAGGAUCGAGGCGACUUCAAGGAAUUCCUGCUAACAUCGAUAUUCUCUAUUGUGAGCAAGAAAUCGCUGUGGACAGCACAUCUGCAAUCGAUACUGUCGUGAAAUCGGAUAAAAAGCGACUCGCAUUACUUGAUGAGGAGUCGGAGUUGACAAAGCAACUCGAAGAAGGGGAUAGCAGUGUGGUUCAGCGUCUACAGGAAAUCGCUCGUGAACUCCGAGACAUCGGUGCCGACGCCGCUGAGCCGAGAGCUCGUCGUAUUCUUGCUGGUUUGGGAUUUUCUAAGGAGAUGCAAGACAAAGCCGUUGAGGAUUUCUCGGGUGGAUGGAGAAUGAGGAUAUCUUUGGCUCGUGCUUUGUUCUUAGAACCUACAUUAUUAAUGCUUGAUGAGCCUACUAAUCAUCUAGACUUGAACGCAGUUAUUUGGUUGGAUAAUUACCUUCAGUCAUGGAAGAAAACGUUGUUAAUCGUUUCUCACGAUCAAGGAUUUUUAGACAAUGUUUGUACAGAUAUUAUUCAUUUGCAAGACCAAAAACUUCACUAUUAUAAGGGGAAUUAUAGUUUAUUCAAAAGGAUGUACGAUCAGAAGACGAAAGAAUAUUUGAAAGCCUACGAAAGUCAAAAGAAACAGAUGGUAGCCCUGAAAAAAGGUGGUAAGAGUGCAAAACAAGCAGAAGAAGAGCUGAAGAGGAAUAUGCAGAAUAAGCAGAACAAACAAACAAAGGGAAAGAAAGGGUCUGCUUCCAUAGGAGACGAAAGUGACCUCCCGCCUCCGGAGUUGUUGCAGCGUUUCAAAGAGUAUCAAGUCAAAUUCUCUUUCCCAGAAACUGACAAGCUUGCCCCUCCAAUUCUUGGAUUGCAUGACGUUACGUUCGGCUAUGGCAACAACAUUCUUUUUAAAAAUUUGGAUUUUGGUGUUGACAUGGAUUCUCGAAUAGCAAUUGUCGGUGCGAAUGGAGUCGGAAAAUCGACGCUACUAAAGCUGUUAACUGGAAAAAUUGAGCCUUUAGAAGGAGAACUUACGAAGCAUCGGCAGGUAAAGAUAGGAUGGUUUGAUCAACAUGCGAAUGAGGCUCUAAACGGUGAACAGACUCCUAUUGAGUAUCUGAGCACGAAAUUCAAUAUCGAUUACCAGUUUGCACGGAAGAAUUUGGGAAUGGUUGGUUUGGCUGGCCACGCUCAUACAGUUAAAAUCAAGGAUCUGUCAGGAGGACAGAAGUCUCGAGUUGCUCUUGCCGAGUUGGCUUUAGGGCAGCCUGAUAUGUUGAUACUCGAUGAACCUACUAACAACUUGGAUAUCGAGUCUAUAGACGCUCUUGCUACAGCUAUAACAAAUUUCGGUGGAGGUGUUGUAAUGGUUACUCAUGACGAACGGCUAGUUCGUGCCACUGAUUGUACUCUGUGGAUUGUGGAGGACCAGGUAAAAUUAACAUGGUUACUUAGACCUUUGAGGGACCUUGAAUAA